UGUUGCUAAACGCUUCGUCUGUUAAGCGUUUUGUAACAGAAACCGUUUACUCCAAACAGCUUUAUUUAGUUAUUAAAAUGAAGUUGUUGUUCAGUCCUGUCUCUCCUCAAAAAAUAAGCAAGAAGUUGGAAGGAACCCUGUGGACUUCACAUGGAAGAAUUUAUCAUUUAUGCGCAGCUUGUGGCAAAAACGUCGGACUAUUCAGAUUGGAAAGGCAACGUGUGGAAACCAUACCCACUUUGAAGAGCGUUUGAGUAAAUUGUUUAUUUUGCGAAACCUUUGCAACAAUUUGCGUAAUGAAUACACCAUUGUUACUUCAUCCGGAAACAUGGAGGCUGUCGUCUGUGAUGUUGUUUCACCAGAGGAUCUCUUGAAAUUUGAGAAGAAGUAUUCUACAGAGUUGGCUAAAGGGGAUUUGACCAAAGACACAAAGUUUGAGUAUGCGUGGUGUCUGAUCAGGAGCAAAUUCCCAGAUGACAUCAAUAAGGGCAUCGUUCUGCUGGAUGAGCUGGUUCACAAGGGUACCAAGGAUGACCAGAGGGACUACUUGUUUUACCUGGCUAUUGGAAACUACAAACUGAAGGAGUAUGAGAGGGGCCUGAAAUGCAUCCGGAUCCUCCUGAAGAAUGAACCAGGGAACACGCAAGCUCUGGAUCUGGAGAAGCUCAUAGUGAAGGCCAUGAGGAAAGAUGGUUUGGUCGGCAUGGCGAUAGUUGGAGGGAUAGUUGGAGGAGUCGGCCUUGGCGUCGCUGGAUUGGCUGCACUCAUUGGGAUGGCUGCAUCAAAGAAGCUCUAAACUAUUUGCACAACCCUACUGCCAAACCCCUCCAGAUACCCAGAAUGCCUCAAUAUAACACUGGCUGAAUUGAGUAUAACACUCUCCUACCUAACUACCUACCUACCUUUUCUUUCAAUAAAUAUAACAAUUAAUCCUCCCUUUCCAAACUAAUUAAAAGUGAAAUUAUAUUUUGUAAAAGGGAACAUUAAAGUAAAAUGUUGGGACACAA